AUGCACAAGAUGACCCACAGCAUUCUCAACGUGAAAGCCGCUGCCACAUACGUUCCAUAUCAAGACCUGGAGAACAAGCGCAUGAUGCUUGAUCUGUUGGAUGAACCGGCUGAAUUCGCUGCCCAUAUCCGUCGGUACACUACCUCGCUAACAACCCAGAUGAUCUUCGGGUUUCGAACGGUGGAUAAAAAUGAUCCUAGGCUGUUGCAGCUAUUUCAGGGGUUUGAACGCUGGGGUGAGCUCAUCCAAGGGGCAGGAUCACAGCUACUGGACCUGUAUCCUGUACUCCAAAAGCUCCCAGCCUUUUUGUCCCCCAGGUAUCAUUACGCUCGAGAACUCCACAAGAAAGAGAUGGCUUUGUACCUUGGGCACUGGAUGAACACUAAGAAAGGCCUUGAGGAUGGAACUGGUCUGCCCUGUUUCUGUAACGACGUGCUGCGAGCGCAGGGACCCGAGCAAAUGUCUGAUGAGCAAGCAGCGUACUUGAGCGGUUCUCUUCUUGAGGCCGGAUCGGACACGACCGCAUCCACUCUUGUUGGGUUUGUGCAGGCCAUUAUGGUUUUCCCCGAUGUUCAAAAGAUGGCACAAGACGAGAUAGACAAAGUGGUGGGCACCGAUCGCUUGCCUGACAUAGAGGACAUGGAGAGCUUGCCUUACAUUAGGGCGUGUGUGAAGGAAAGCCUCCGGUGGAUGCCGACGACAGUCACUGCAGCCCCCCACGGGCUUAUGAAGGACGACAGUUACAUGGGGUACAGACUCCCAGCCGGUGCAACCGUGAUCCUCAAUGUUUGGAGCCUUCAUAUGGACCCAAAGCGGAACCCGGACCCUCGCAAAUUCGACCCUACUCGUUUCAUAGACGAUCAUCGCAGCGAGCUGGAGGCAGCUACAACUCGCGACCCUAGCACGCGAAACAAUUAUCAGUUUGGCGCCGGCCGCCGACUGUGCCAGGGGAUGCAUAUUGCUGAGCGGUCUCUGUUCUUGGGCGUGGCACGCCUACUAUGGGCCUUCAACUUCUCACGGCCCGUGGACCCUCGGACGGGGGAACAGAAGCCACUACCCGAUAUCGACCACCUCGUCGGCAGUCUGACUAUGCAGCCAGCGCCUUUCGAGGUGACCAUAUCACCCCGCAGUGAAAAGAAGGCUCUAAUGAUUAGAGAAACGUGGUGGGAAGCUGUAGAGAAGUCAUUGGAUGAGCAAUCUCUACAAUGGAAAGAGGUUCCGAAGGACAUGGUUUUUAGUACGUGGAUGCCGACGAUGACCGAUAUCUGA